AUGAAACAAUUAAGAGAUUCUCAUGCUCAAAUUUAUUUCCAAGAUGAAUCAUGGAUCAAUUUAGGUGAUGUUAGAAAAAAUAUUUGGGUGUAUGAAGGAAAAGGACCCCUUCGCCAAAAUGAUGGCAAAGGGAAAAAGUUCGGAAUAUCUGCAUUAAUCACUCCGCAAGGUUAUCAUUAUGAUUCUGUUGAUAUUUUUGCCUGUUUACAAGAACAUAAUAUGGAUAGUGAUCAAUUUGUCAAUUGGAUAGAAGAUUCAUCUGGGAAAUUGCGUAUACUUCACGAGUCUAAAGUACCGAAGAGAUCGUGGCGAAAAGGACAAGUGCAAGAAUGGUUGGAUGAUCAUCAUAUUUCAUUUGAUAGUCGUUCUGUGAAAGCUGAACUGUUGAAGCUAGCUUUGGCUUAUGCACCACCAAAAGAGUAUAUAACUGAUCAAGCUGCAGAACAAUUCAACGUACAAAUUAUUCGAUUGCCUCACCGCCAUUGUUGUCUUAAUCCAAUUGAACUAUCAUGGAAUAAUUUAAAACAAUACGUUCGUGACAACAAUGUCACAUUCAAAGCAAAUGAUGUUUAUAACUUGAUCUUAGACUUUAUGGGCACUCUUGAUACAGAAUUGGCUACGAGUUACUUCAAACACGUGGAAAACAUUGAACAGACGUUUAAAGAUGCGGAUUCUUUUCUUGAAGAAGACGUUGAUGCACCGUUUUUAGUAGAAGAAGCAACUAUGACAGAAGAAGAAGAUGAUGAUGAUGAGUAA